CACCUAAACUCCAAGUCAAGAAAACCAGCUAGCCUCUCUUCUCUAUAUAUAUUUUGUUUGCAACCAAUUUGGAAUAACAUUAUCAAACACAAAACAUGGGUGGUACCACAAAUGACACAGAUUAUAUAAAGCACUUUAUUUUGGUACAUGGGGCUUGUCAUGGUGCUUGGUGUUGGUACAAGAUCAAGCCACUUCUAGAAUCUUCAGGCCACAAGGUCACAGUUCUUGACCUUGCUGCUUCUGGAACCAACUUGAAGAGGAUCGAAGAUGUUGAGACUCAAUAUCAGUACUCUGUGCCUUUGUUGGAAGUUUUGGAGUCACUUCCCACAAAUGAAAGGGUGGUUCUUGUGGGACAUAGUCUUGGAGGACUCAAUAUUGCUCUUGCCAUGGAAAAAUUCCCCACAAAGGUUCAAGUUGGUGUUUUCUUGACAGCUUUUGUGCCGGACACUGAUCACAAACCAUCCUAUGUCCUGGAAAAGUACUGUGAGAGGACACCAGCGUCUGAAUGGUUGGACACGGCAUUCUCACAGUGUGGAAAUAAAACGUCAAUGUUGUUUGGGCCCAACUUCAUAUCCACCAAGAUCUACCAACACUGCUCCACUGAGGAUCUUGAAUUGAUAAAGUGUAUGAUAAGGCCAUCAUCAUUGUUCAUAGAAGACUUAUCACAAGAAAAGAACUUCUCUAAAGAGGGAUAUGGAUCUGUUCCUCAUGCUUUUGUUGUUUGCACUCAGGACCUUGCGAUUCCAUUGGAAUAUCAGCGAUGGAUGAUCCAAAACGCUAGGAUUAAUGACGUCAUGGAGAUCAAUGGCGCAGAUCAUAUGGUUAUGCUUUGCAAGCCCCAAGAACUUAGUGAUUGUCUCCAACAGAUUGCUGCUAAAUACAAAUAAUUUCAGAGAAUUUUCAAUUUGGUUGUUAAGAUUUUGUGUUGAAAACUUUUUUCCUUGCUGUUUUAUUUUUAGGACAUUGCUAUAUGGUACUAUAGUGAAGUGUCUAUUACAUGGUUUUGUGUAAAGUAUCAUGUGAUGGUAUCAGUAUUGAUCUCUCAGACUAAUUAAAAAAUAUUUCUAAUUCGAGGUGAUUAUGUGAUAAUGAAAGGUAAUGGUAUUGCCACUAA